UCUGUCUUGCGUGCAAUGCGACGUUCUUCAGACUUCUCGACUUACAAAGUGUACCAACACUCUGACGUUGAAUUCAAUAAAGACAGGGCCUCGUCUUUAGUCAAAGCCCUGAAACACCAUCAACAACGGGACCGGGAGAGAGAUAGGGAACGCGACGUCGUGGACUCGGUGGGCAAUGGGAAGGGAAGCCCGGGUCCAGCGCAGGUUCCCGCAAGCAGCAAGUCUACCGCGGCAACGCAGCCUCCAGGACAAACGACGACCUCGAAUCAGCCGUCUCAACCCGCGGCCCAACAACAACAACAACAACCCCCUCAGACGUCACAAGCCACACCACAUCAGCAGCAGCCGCCCCCUUCCACCCCCCACCAACAGCAGAUGAUGAUGUCCCCUGCCUCAGGGCUUCAGCAGAUGCAACAGCUGUUACAACAGCAGAUUCUUAGUCCAACUCAGCUGCAGUCCCUCAUGCAACAACACACGCUGUUUCUCCAACAGCAGCAUCACCACCACCAGCCGGACACUGCAAGUGAUAUUCCUGCCAAUGACAGAUUUGGGUACCUUACGCUAAAAUCAGUGUUUAUGUUUCAGCAACAGCAGCAGUUGGCAGAAUUGGGAAGGAAACAGUUGGAGCAAGCGAUGCAACAGCUGCAGGAGCAGCUCCAACUGAAUCUGAUCCAACAGACGCAUCUCCUUCAGACAGGCGACAAGAAGAAGGCUGCAGCUCCGUUGCAACAAUUAGCUUUGCAGCAACAGCAGUUGAUGCAGCAGUUACAAAUUACACAGAGGCAGUAUCUUCUACAGCAGGGUAUCGGCAUUCAGCCCAUGGUUAUUGCGCAGGCGCAGGCCCACGCGCAGGCUCAGAGCGCAGGCUUGCAGCCCGCAGACGUGACCAGCCCGUGGAAAGAAGCUUCUAGCGAAGGGAUGGAUGUCCAUCAUAACUCGGCUACCCACAAAAGCAUCACCGGUCUAAAUGGGUUGUUGAGUUCCAUGGGGCUUGGUCGUAGAGAAGGACUGAACGGAGUGGCGGGUCUACAAGACGACAAGCUCUUGGACGGAUGUGGCAACGAUAAGAUGCAUCCUCUGUAUGGACACGGGGUAUGCAAAUGGCCUGGCUGCGAAGCCAUUUGCGAUGACUUCCAAUCAUUUCUUAAGCACCUAAACACAGAACACACGUUAGACGACAGAUCCACCGCGCAGGCGAGGGUACAAAUGCAGGUGGUAUCGCAGCUGGAACUUCAGUUGCAGAAAGAGAGGGAUCGACUGCAGGCAAUGAUGCAUCAUUUGCACAUGUCGAAACAGCAAGCGUCUCCCGAACCUCCAAAAUCAGAUCCUACGGCGGAAACGGGCAACUUAAAUCCUUUACAUCAAUCAUCAAAUGGCUCCUCAUCGCUGUGGGGCCAGUCGGACCUCUUUCAGACUGGGCCGGGUCUGACGAAGUUGAGUCUGUCUUCGGUUCUCUUGAGCCAGCCGCCGCCGAGCCUGGCGACAUCUGCCGUGAGCCAAGUCGCUCCAGUGUCCAUGUCAGCUCUGGUCUCUGCAGUGCGGUCGCCCGUGUUACAACCCCCGACGCCCAACAUGGGCGGACCAAUCAGAAGGCGGAUCAGUGACAAGUCUGCUUUGUCUCUCGCAGGAGGACCUUUUGAAGAAACUCCGUUAAGGCGGCGAGUUGCAGACAGAGUGGCAGUAGAUAUUACUGAAGGGCUGCCUUAUAUGCUGGAGCGGGCAGGACUUGAUGUUCAACAAGAAAUUCAGAGGAAUCGAGAGUUCUACAAAAAUGCAGAUGUGCGGCCCCCAUUUACCUAUGCAUCUUUAAUACGACAGUCCAUCAUUGAAUCACCAGACAAACAGCUCACGCUCAACGAGAUAUACAACUGGUUCCAAAACACGUUCUGCUACUUUCGUCGAAAUGCAGCGACAUGGAAGAACGCGAUCCGCACCAAUCUGUCACUGCACAAGUGUUUUGUGCGCUAUGAAGACGACUUUGGCUCCUUCUGGAUGGUGGACGAUGCAGAGUUUGUCAAGCGACGCCAUCUUUCUCGUGGUCGUCCCCGGAAAUAUGACCCCACCCCAUCACCCACUCCACCCCACCUCUCCGCACAGGGUGUCCAGUCUAAAAGCCCCACCCUGACACACAGCCCCACUUUGUAUGGAGACGCAUUGAAUGCCAGCUUGCAGAAUUCCCAAUGUGAGAAUUAUUCUGAGGCUGCGCUUGGUGACAGCAACAUAGGUUUUCUCAACAAUUCGAUGAGCACCUCGACAACGACCAGUCCGGAAAAGGUACCAUCUCCACCCACAGACCACAGAUCAUCAAUUGAAGGACCCAUGAUGCACAUCAAACAGGAAGCUGUACCACCUCUGCCUCCAUCUUCCUUGGUAGCUGAGAAUGAGGGUCUAGUGCACCUGAUAAAGCGAGAAGUCUUAGAACAGGUAAUGGAUGGAGAAGAGACAGAGGGAAUAGGAGUUGAAGUUGGUGAAGAAAGAGAUUACGGACCUGGAGCUUCUGUAGGCAUGCCGAUGGAUCAGAGCCACGAGUUGGAAGAAGGAGACGAGAUGGCCGAAGACCUCUCGAUGGUCCCAGAUGUGGUGGAGGAAACGCUUGACGCAUAGUAUGAACGCCGUCCCCAGUCAAUGUGUUUACCAUAUCCCGCGUUUAAUGUUCGGUUACAAACCACAGUGUCGGGGAACGAAUAAAUGGAUCCCUCUUUUUUUUUCCUGGAUAUAUGCAAUGCCUUGGAGCAAGCAGAUACAGAUUCUAAUCCAUAUCUCCUCAGAAGCAUUUGCAAACUAAUUGAGCUAGAAUGUUGCGAGUGAUUGUCAAUCAACAAAUAGCUGAACUGCAGAUUCUGUGCUUGACUGCUUGGAUGUGUACAUGUGUGUGUGGACGUGUGCGCCAGAGCGUUAUGAAGACUGCAUAGUGAAUGAUCGUGUGUAUAUUUAAAAAGCAUAUAACUUAUAACUGGUAGGACAUAUAGUUGUUUUAUCAUAAGGUCUGUAUCAAUAGCACUAUGGAUUCCUAAUGAGAUACAUACUUCACUGACACAUUAACAAAUAAUCUGCAAUGUGGUGCAAGUGUUCAGAUUUGACGGCAGCCGAGACUAAAGGUAUACGUGUCAGCGUCAUGGCGUCACAUCGGCUCGCGGCGACCGAAGCUGUACCUAGUCCUGACAUGAGUCGGAUACCUACCAUAUGUAGCGUCGUAGUGCGUAAAAGUACGUCAGACACGUGGAUUAUUUAUUUUAUUUUUUAACAUCCAAGUACAAUACUGUACCUCAACAUGCAUGUUCUUGUCUCGGAGGAGAGCUAGGAUGGAACAUCCUUGCCAGGGUUCGUGUCGUAACAUUGAUGUGAAUGUUAGUUUUCAGUUUUAGGAAGAAAGUGUAAAGAUAGUACUCUGGGCGGGAAAUAAUUUCUUAACUUAUUUUAUUUAUAUUGAAAAGUUCCUUUCAACUGUAAGAUCAAAACUCAAAAAUAGCUUGCUCUCUGUGUUCAUCCGUAGGAAAAAAAGGAUGUUUAUUUUGUCGUAAUCCAUGUUGUUAAUUGUGUUAUUUUAAUGUGUUUAUUUUAGUCGAAUCAGCUGCAUCCAUGUCAGGCAUCGUGGAGCCUUCGUCUCCAUUGCUACUAGAAUAGAUCGUUCCCAUUUAAAUUUGGUUUGAAGUUUUUAAGUGCAGGGUAGAUGGCAACCUCAAAAUACAAAUUGGUUAUCACGAACCGUGAACAGCGGAACAAACACAACGGGAAACCGUGAAGUAAUACGACGAAAAUAAAGAAAGCAGAGAAAUCCCUGGCAUGUUACAGUGUUGACAAGACACAUCAGUAGUGUCCCAGUGGUUUAGUACCAAUUUCAGUUAGAGUAAUGAUUGGUGUGCAAAGAAUGGGACAAUAGUUUUGCAUAGAAGUCAUCGCUUAGAUGCUUGGUUGAUGUUAGAAUUCUUAUGUGCAAAACUGAGGGAAACUUCAUAUCAUUGCUAGUCCUCGUGUAGUUUGGUAAGAUGCCAAAAAUACGGUUGGAAUAUCGGGAACCAACGGCGGUACUGACAGAGUCAAAUUUUAUACAUCCUACAAAGAAAUGUGUUACGUUGUUAAUAUACAGAUGGAAAAGAGACUGCAGAAUUACCAUAUAUAUAUAUAUUAGAGGUCUUAUGAAUUAAGUUAAAAACUUGAUUUUAAUCUGUACAUCUUUUUGUUUUAUGAUAUUAAUUAUCCAGUAAUUGCUUUUACAGUUUGUAGUCAGAGUUGACGUACGCGUUCCUUGUUUCUGUUUACAAUAUAUAAAUUUUGUAAGAGCAUAAAUGUAGUUACCCAGAAUUCAGUGGCCCGAUAGGCAACCACUAACCGCUAUAUCACAUGUUUUGAUUAAAAGUUAACAGUACUCGAGAAUAAACUGAAAUCAUUGGGUUAUUCUGUCUGAACAUUACAGCUUAUGUACUGUUUUAUCAUUACGUUGAAUGGAGAUCUGAUCUGUUGUUUUAUUUGUUUUGUUUUUUUUUUUUGUUUUUUUUUAUAUUUUGAAAUAUAAUUCUGUGGCACAACUGAUUUUACCAUAGUGUCAAUUUAUGGCAGAUGUUCAAACGAACUCUCAUAGAAACACAAUCUCUGUCAGUGACUUUGAUCUGUACUUUCAUAAUGUGUAAGGUGCUGUUGCUUGUGGAUAUUUUCAUGUUUUUAGAAGCUUGUAAAAUUAUGCAGAGGAAAUUAAUUUUGGCUGUGGUGUACAGUUGUUAAAAGAGACAGCCUUUAUGAUGUACAUAUACUGUAUAUUAUAGUGGAUUUCCCUAAAUUUAUUUGCCUGUCUUGGUGUCAGGGAAAUUUAUUCAUGCGUUUUACGAGUAGGUUGUUGUACAUUGUACAUGAAGUCAAGUUAAUGUGACAGGAAUCACUAAACCAAUGAAGUGUUUGCACAUCUGCGGAAGGAAGUCAUUUAACAGUAGGUUACCAUACACAGCCACUGAACACAGGUCCAAAUCUGAACAUAUAUUCAACUCAGGCACAUACCCUUCCGUCCGUCAAACAUUUAAACUGCCUUGAUGAAACUUUUCUUAAAUCCUGGAUAAUUUUACAAUAGAUACUUCUUGUGUUCUGUUUAAUUUCAUUGCACCAUACCCUCAGACCUCGUUAAGUUCCGUCAUAUAUUUGAUGUCACGUGUUUCACGUAUUUGAUACCUGUAUUGUACAGAAUUGUAUGAAAUGUGUGGAGGAACAAAUACGUUCCUUGUUGAUAUACAGAGAAUAUAUAAGACAGGAAGUAAAUUAUUGAAUUAA